AUGCCACUACGAAACUUUGAGAAGGAGCUUGGAAAAAGACAGCUUAUUCAAAAAUACGAUUUAGACAUCCUGAAAAAAAGCACCAUUGGAAUUGACGGAGCGUGGUUUGUACGAAAAUACUCGCCAACUGUGAAAAACAAGAACGUGCUUUUUGACGGGUUCAACAAAGAGAUACUCUCGUACGUCCGUGCGCUGGUUGAGAGCAUGGAGCAGAUCGAGUGCAAGAUAGUGUGGAUCUGGAACGGAAUGUCCCCGAAGCUGGAAGUCCGCAAGGGGCCAGAAGAGAAGAGAAAAGAGGCCAUUCAGCUCGGGUGGAAGCACCACUUGGAAAAAAACACAGAGGCAGAGCAAAAAGCGUGGAGCAUGGCAUUUGGAUACGAAGAAGUAAAAAAAGCCAUCAACGCACUCUUAUCUCAGCAUAAGGUGGAAAUAAUCAAUGCUCCGUACUUGGCAGCAGGACAGGGCGCAUACAUGGCGAAAAAGUCGUACAUCAGAAUGUUCUUUGGAGCAACCGACUACUUCCUCUUCAGCGGAGGAGAGAAGCUCAUCCUUGACUUUGACUUUGGCGCAAACAGCAGCAAGAAAAAAGUUGCUAAAAUUUGGUGUGCAUUCUACUCUGCCAUCUGCAACGACUUUGCGAUAUCUCCAGCACACAAGGCCCGAGAGAUCUUUCUGCUUCUUGGAUGCGAGUACUGCCCCACCGUGCCAGAGUUUAGCAUGGUGUUUGACCUGAACAUUCUGAUUGCGAAGUACAAGAAUGCGGGGGGAGUGCUAAACACGCUGAGAAAACAGAAAGAGCUCGGUGCAGCAGAAGAUAAGUACCUGAAACUCUACCAGGCUGCUAAGUGCACAGUGGACUUUCAUCCUGUGCUGAGCGAGAACAGCGAGCUCGUGCAUCUGUCCAGUGCAGUGCCCGCUCCGUACGAUAUAGGUGUUAUUUUUGGAAAAAGAAUACCUGACAAUCUGUACGCUCUUUUCUCAAAGGGCUGCAUCACUUUGGACUACAUUUCAGGUUUGGCCAUGGGCACUGUUUCGACAAUAUGCGUGCCCAGUGUGUUUGAGUCGAUCGAAGAUGUGGUUUCAGACAUAUACCACAAUGCAGUGAGCAUACACAUCUCAGGGCUAAGCCAGGACGAGAUAGUUUGCGUGCCUGAAAGCUCAAUAGAGGCACAGAGGCUGGAGGAAGGCACAGCAAACUCUACAGAUGAAACAGCACAGAAUGUUUACAGCAGCAAUGAUCACAGCAAUGAUGAGAGCGCGCAUAAUGGCAAUUUGCCAUCAGAUGAGCAUGGUGGCUCCUGUACGGGCAGCUGUGGCACAGAGACGGAAGAGUGCAGAUCUGAACAUAACAGUGAAAAUGUAGCUAUCAGCGAGAUAGUGGGCCAUAUCUUAGAUAAGAGCAGCGAUGUGCCCGUUGCGCUGCAGUGGCUGCUCGUUCUGUUCGACAAAACAGAUAGCUAUCUGCUGGACAAGAUGUUCGUAUUUACCCCAGUGAGGUCAGAGAUCAGAGCAGACGAGGAAAUAGAUUGGGAGACAUUUGAAUAUGCAGAGAGUUUCAAGUUUGCAAUAUCGACCAUACAAAAUAAGCUGAAAAUAGACAACAUUGACGAAGAGACAGAGCCUGUGGAGAUAAACAGCAUAAAUGGAUGGCGAAUGGAGAAGAUUCUUACGAUAAUCCGCAAGAAAAAAGGGCACUCGUUCACCUCCGAGGAGCGCGCUCUUAUCUCAGAGAAUCUUGAGUUCAUAAAGGUGCUGUACAGCUUUUUCUGCAAGAACAUAAAAUCAACCCGGCACAGAAAAGAGUUAGAGAUGCUAAUGAAUAUUUGCUAA